UUUUGUGUUGCAGACUAGGUUCAUCCAAAGAUCAGGAUUUGGAUAUAGCGAUGAUUGAGCAGCUGAGGGAAGCAGAGGAUUUGCUUCAGGAUCCCAACGGCCUGAGCACCGACAUUACAGAGAGAAGUAUUUUGAACCUGUACCCCAUGGGCUCAGUAGAAGCCUUAGAAUUACCUGACCCUACACUCAAUGGUCAGCCGCAGCUGGAGACGUCUCCAGAGUGUGAGGUGCAGAAUGACUUAAUGCUACAGAGUAAUGGGAGCCAGUAUUCUCCAAAUGAGAUGAGAGAGAACUCCCCUUCAAUGUCUCCAACUGCAAACGUCACAGCUCCGUUUGGCCUGAAGCCUCGCUCGGACCCAGCCCUCAUUCUUCCUAUCUCCUUCAACAAACUUACGCAGGCACAAACAUGGGACAGCCCUAGCUACAGUGUUCCCUCUGAAGGAGACAGUGACAAUGUGUUUCUAAGACCUCAGAGAAAUUUGGAGUCGAUAGACCCGCAGUUCACGAUUCGGAGGAAAAUGGAGCAGAUGAGAGAAGAGAAGGAGCUGGUGGAGCAGCUCCGCGAGAGCAUCGAGAUGAGGUUGAAAGUGACCCUGCACGAAGACCUAGGUGCAGCGCUCAUGGACGGUGUCGUGCUCUGCCACCUGGCCAACCACAUCCGCCCGCGGUCUGUCGCCAGCAUCCACGUCCCCUCACCUGCGGUUCCCAAAACUAAGCAUGGCCAAGUGCAGGAGGAAUGUGGAAAACUUCUUGGAAGCAUGCAGAAAACUUGGCGUUCCUGAGGAAAAGCUCUGUCUGCCUCAUCACAUCCUCGAAGAGAAAGGCUGGUC